CGCGAGAACUACCGCUCUCGGGUAGCCUGCACCGCGCGAUCAAGCAGCAUGAAGAGUGCACGAAGCAGGCACCACUAAUACGCGUGUUUAGACGUGUUUUUCGUCGCACUUGUUCACCACAGGAACCAAUAUGAGCAUCGCAAUUAUUCUGAUCGCUCUGGGCUUAAUAGGGGCGCCUUGCUUGAGCUUCAAGGCGAGUCGACUAUUCCACACAGAUGACGUGCGGGUAAACUCUGCUCAAGUAAAUUUGGUGCAGGGUGGACAUUGCCCAGAGCAUUGGGUAGCUUUCGGUCAAAGCUGCUACUGGUUUGCAAGCAAUGAAAGCCGGAUGAUGUACUUCCAAGCCACUCGACACUGCAAGUCGCUAAACGGGAGCCUCGUCUCUGUACUCACGGAAAAAGAACAAAAGUUUUUGAUGAGCCGUCUUAGUGACGCAACAACCAACUUAUGGAUUGGCAUCGAGCGCCUUCCAAACAAAACGUGGACAUGGAUGGACGGCAACCCUGUUACUUACACUAACUGGAUUAUCGGCCAGCCUCGCCCGAAAGGCGAGGACUGCACUGAAAUUCUGACCGGCACGCUGCACCCGGGAAAGUGGAAUCAAGUUCGGUGCAACGCCAAAAGAAUGCACGUCUGCGAAAAGAAACGAGACAGGUCACUGCCUCCUCAGCCUUCGAUAAAAAACAGCUCUCGAUGUGAGCUGGCAUUCCCGGGAUCAUUCCAGUACCGGCAGUCGUGCUACCGCAUGGGUUCAUACCAGGACUGGGACCGCGCUGCCGAGAUCUGUUUAUCUCAGGGUGGGCAGCUGGCGGACGUGCGAGAUGUCUUCGAGGAUGCCUUCCUCUCCGUGAAGUUCAAUUUUCGUGGUGGUCUGUUCUGGAUUGGUCUCCAGGACGUGAAGGCCACAGGACUUUUCACCUGGUUGAGCGGUUGGCCGGUGCAGUACACCAACUGGGCUCCCUUACAGCCAGAUGCUUCGACCGGCGACCGGCGUUGUGUGGCUGCUGACCUAGCAACGGGGAUGUGGCGUGUGCAGCCCUGCGACACGCACUUGCCUUUCCUCUGCCAAUUUGACAAUGAAAAGCCCCCCGAAGUGAAGCAUCAUGAAGGCGCAUGUCCCGAACAUGCCAGAAACUGGAUUGACGUGGGCAACCCUUACUGCUAUUGGCUCGAAACGGAACGCCUGAUGACUUUCAACGAGUCCUUCGCCAUUUGCGACAGCAAAAACUCGUCGCUGGCCAGCUUCCACUCCAAAGAGGAAGUCGGAAGGCUGAGUCCGUACCUUCGUAAGUCGCAGCACCAGUUGUGGAUCGGCCUCGUCAGUAGUUACAACGACAGCUACGAAUGGCUGGAUGGCUCUCCUCUGAAUUACGAGCACUGGAAAAAUGGGGAACCAAGCAGCAUCGACGAGAACUGUGUUGAAAUGCGACAGUUUGACGCUCUGUGGAAUGACAUCCACUGCGACGUAAAAAACGGCUUUAUUUGCGCCGUGGAGAAAGAAACUCAAGCUGAUGAAAACGAAGGUGCACCGGGAAGUCGCUACGGCACGAAGACCAGCGCGGGAGUGUACGUGGCCGUUGCACUGGGUUCGCUGCUCGUGCUCGUCGCGGCGGCGUUUGCCAUUCAGCAGGUGGUGCGCCUCUCCCAGUUCAGGCGACGGAAUGGAGGGCUGUUCUCAUUCGAAAACAACGUGUACAUUGAUCCGCCCGUCUACGAUGCAAACGCCUCGCUUCGAUGAAUUUCACCGUCAUUACCCCUGUGCCGCACCUAUACUGCAUCUUGAGUGCCGAAAAAGCGGCACUGUG